AUAUCUUUCCAAACCUAUUGAUUCUUCACUUGUUAUUGAAAUCCACUAUUCAAGCCUCUACUCAGAUUUCAAGAAAUUUAGUUUCAAUGGAAACAGCCCAUAUUGCCAUUCUACCUUCUCCAGGGAUGGGUCACCUUAUCCCACUAGCAGAGCUUGCAAAGCAACUCAUCCACCAUCACCAUCACCAUCACCACCUCUCUAUUACAUUAAUCAUCGCUGGUACCCUUGCUAAAUCCGCAGAAGUCCUAAAUAACCUCCCCAAAAGCAUCAAUUCAGUGCUUCUCCCUCCGCCAAACGUCGAUGACCUUUACGAUGCGAUGCCUCUGACACGCAUCUCUCACACGAUUACCCGGUCCCUCCCUUCUCUCCGCGAAGUAUUCAAGGUCUUAAGCACCACCACUCGUCUUACUGCCUUGGUUGUUGAUCAGUUCGGCACCGAUGCAUUUGAUGUCGCCAAGGAAUUCAAGGUUUCACCUUACAUCUUCUGCCCAACGGCUGCUAUGGUGUUUUCAUGGACCCUUUAUAUGCCCAAGCUUGAUGAGAUGCACUCUGGUGAGUAUAGAGAACUGAUAAACCCAAUAAAACUGCCUGGUUGCAUUGCACUUCAGGGGAAAGAUUUAUUUCUGUCGAUUCAAGAUAGGAAGAACGAGGCCUAUUCAUUGUUUCUACAGCAUUGCAAACGCUUUAAAUUGGCUGAAGGUAUCAUGUUAAAUAGCUUUAUAGACUUGGAACCAAGUACCAUAAAUGCAAUCAAGGAAGGUAAAGAUGAUAUCAAUAUGCCGCCGGUCUACCCAGUUGGUCCACUUGUGCAAAGUGGUUCAAAAGAUGGGGUUGAUGUGUCUGAUUGCUUGAAGUGGUUGGAUGAUCAACCACAUGGGUCUGUUCUGUUUGUAUCAUUUGGAAGUGGUGGGGCUCUUUCACCAGAGCAAUUUACUGAAUUGGCUUUUGGAUUGGAGCGAAGUGAGCAAAGAUUUUUGUGGGUUGUUAGAAGCCCAACUCGGAAGGCAUCAAAUGCUAACUUCUUUGAUGCUCAAAGCGUUGAAGACCCUUUUGCCUUUUUGCCUGAGGGGUUCUUGGAAAGAACAAAAGGGAUGGGCCUUGUAUUGUCUUCAUGGGCUCCUCAAAUACAAGUGCUAAGCCAUGCCUCAACAGGUGGGUUCUUGACCCAUUGUGGAUGGAACUCAACCUUGGAGAGCAUUGUGCAUGGUGUGCCCUUGAUUGCUUGGCCUCUCUAUGCUGAGCAAAGGAUGAAUGCAUUGAUGCUAGUGCAGGACAUGAAGGUGGCGUUUUUGCCUAAAGAAGGGGAAGAUGGAAUAGUGAGGCGAGAGGAGAUUGCAGCAGUGGUGAAGUGUCUAAUGGAAGGAGAAGAAGGGAUGAGAAAGAGGAAGAGGAUGAGGGAACUUAAGGAUGCUGCAGCCAAGGCAUUGAGUGAAGAUGGUUCUUCAACACAGUCACUCUUGGAGUUGACACAUAAAUGGAAGACUCAAGCAGCCGUAUGAAAAAAGCUUGUCUUCACAGCUUAGCAUUAGAUGAGCUUGGGGAUAUAG